AUGCUGGACGCAGCACCGGAGCACGGAGAGGAGGAGGUGGUGGCUGUCGGUUGCGCUCCUAGCCGACGGAACCUGAGCCGGGUGGGCGGGAGCCUGCACGCAGUGUGACUAGGAAGGGAUUAGAAGGAAGGACGCGAUCCUUUCCUUUCCCCUCUGCUUGCCAGGAGGGCAGGGGAUUUUCCUGCUCUUUGUUGCGUUUGAGCAAACACUGCAACCGAAAACAGAAGCGGGUGGGCAGUAAGACCCUGAGGCAGAAUGCAGGAAAGCAGCAGCUUCGCUUCUGCAGCCUUCCCUCCUCCGCGCGAUCUGAUUUUUGCCUGAUUUUUGCCCCUGCACUCGGGCUAGUCGGCUCCAGGGACCACACGUUCGCUCAAUAACACGCACAGACAUUUCCCCUUACUUUGUAGGAGAAAAAAUGUGCGCCUUAUAGAGAGAAAAAUACGGUAUUUGAAGAUCACCAUGUGGCAUUCCAUUCAUUCCCCCAAAAGCUUAAUACCAGUCAUUAAAAUACACACAAAAAUACCCAGUUUUGUUAAAACAUUAAAAUAUGCAUCCAUAAUUAAAAAUGUACAGUAAAACAAUUACAUUAAAACAAAACAGCAAUGAACAGGCAGAAAACAACAGAGCAAUGUGUAGUAGAUAAUCUGUAUGUUGUCUAAGAAGGGGACCUUUCCCUUUUUAUUUUAGGGUCUGGUGUGCUUUGAAGAUGUAGCUGUUCAUUUCACAGAUGAGGAAUGGGAGUUGCUGGAUCCUGACCAAAGAGCUCUGUAUAAGGAAGUAAUGGAGGAGAAUCGUGGGAUCAUGGAUUCUCUUGGUAAGGCUGCCUUUUGGAUUACAAUAUCUCUUUUGGAAUUCUUUUUGAAAUUCAGUCCCUGAGGCUGUGAUCCGUUUCUUUAUUGUUGCAGAUGGUGAUGAAUCAGAAAGGAAGAAUGAGGGACACCAAAUCUACACAAUGGAGAAGCGGUAUCAAUAUUUGGAGCGUAUAGAAAACUUCAGAAGAAUUCAUACAGGGGAGAAACCCUAUCAGUGCUUGGAAUGUGGAAAGAGCUUCAGUCGGAAGGAUCAUCUCACUUUUCAUCAAAGAAUUCAUACAGGGGAGAAACCAUAUCAGUGCUUGGAAUGUGGAAAGAGCUUCAUUCAGAAAUCCUAUCUCCGUUCCCAUCAAAGAAUUCACAGCGUGGAGAAACCCUAUAAGUGCUUGGAAUGUGGAAAGAGCUUCGCUUGGAAGGUCAAUCUAACAGCCCAUGAAAGAAUUCAUACAGGGGAGAAACCAUAUCAGUGCUUGGAAUGUGGAAAGAGCUUCAGUUGGUACUACAAUCUCAGUUCUCAUCAAAGAACUCACGGCAAGGACAAAUCGUAUCAGUGCUUGGAAUGUGGAAAGAGCUUCAGUCGGAAGGAUAAUCUCAAUCUUCAUCAAAGAAUUCAUACAGGGGAGAAACCAUAUCAGUGCUUGGAAUGUGGAAAGAGCUUCAUUCGGAAAUCCUAUCUCCGUUCCCAUAAAAGAACUCACAGCGUGGAGAAACCCUAUAAGUGCUUGGAAUGUGGAAAGAGCUUCGCCUGUAAGGUCAGUCUAACAGCCCAUGAAAGAAUUCAUACAGGGGAGAAACCAUAUCAGUGCCUGGAAUGUGGAAAGAGCUUCAUCCGGAAGAUAAGUCUCACAGGCCAUCAAAGAACUCACAGCAAGGAGAAUCCCUAUAAGUGCAUGAAAUGUGGAAAGAGCUUCAGUCAGAAGCAUCAUUUCACUCUUCAUCAAAGAAUUCAUACUGGAGAGAAACCAUAUCAGUGUUUGGAAUGUGGAAGGAGCUUCACCCGGGAGGACAGUCUGACUUCCCAUCAAAGAAUUCAUACAGGGGAGAAAUUAUAUCAGUGCUUAGAAUGUGGAAAGAGGUUCAGUCAGAGUGCCCAUCUCACAACCCAUCAAAGAAUUCAUACAGGGGAGAAACCAUAUCAGUGUUUGGAAUGUGGAAAGAGCUUCAUCCAGAAAAGAAGUCUCACAGGCCAUAAAGUAAUUCAUACAGGGAGAAACCAUAUCAGUGUUUGGAAUGUGGAAAGAGCUUCAUCCAGAAAAGAAGUCUCACAUCCCAUCAAACAACUCAUACAGCGGAAAAGGCAUUUCAGUGCUUGGAAUGUGGAAAGAGCUUCAUUCGGAAGGAAAGUCUGA